UUUACAUUUUAAUUUAAAAUUCAAUACGUAUUUUAUAGUAUAAUUAUAAUUUCAAAAAAACUUCAACACACGAGUAAUGAAAGAUCGUAGAUUGUAAGUUAAGACUGUGAAGUAGUAGUUUCAUUUAAUACUCGAUUGAAAAUUAUCCAUAAAAAUGGGCGCUUCUAGAGUUGUUAACGAAUUAGCUAAAUUAUUUUUUGAAAAUACAAAAAAUUCAACCACUUUUGGAAGAUGUUUAAAAAACGUAAAGUUAAUAUCUGCCGAGAGUGGAAACUGUAGAGCAGAAUUUACAGUCGACGAGGAGCAUACUAAUUUAGGCGGAUCUCUUCAUGGGGGAUUUACUUCAACUUUAAUAGAUUGUAUCACUACUUACGCUUUAGUAUCACAUGGAACUGGAACUCCUGGUGUCUCAGUCAAUUUACACGUCACGUUUAUGAAAGCAGCUUUUCCCGGAGAUAAUUUAAUAAUAGACGCCAAGACUGUAAGGGCUGGAAAAACUCUUGCUUAUCUUGAGGCCGAACUCAAAAUGAAAGAAGGAGGUGCUAUCGUCGCUCGAGGACAACACACCAAAUUUAUAGGACAGUAGUGUUAUCCGGAACUCGUGGAAUAGUUGUCAAUUUUUGAAGAGUACAUCUCACAGUCGUCUGCGGGCAGCUACACUUAUUAGGACACAAUUUUGUCAAUUCCUCCUGAUAUCGUCGAAAUUCUUGGCAGAAAUAUCCAGGAAUUCCGCAGCAAAUGAUCAUCAAUAGAAAAUAUUUUUCCAUCAUUAUGAAACGUUUUGUUAAAAAUAAAUUUAUCGUACUUCAA